GGUGGCGCCAAUGACAGAAGUCGCUCACGAAAAGUCGGCUCUAGAUGGGUAGACGUGUUGCUCUGUCCAAAUGGUCGACGUCGUAGAGUUUUAACAAAAAUAAUACGGUAGCGAUUGGGGAUUCCCUUUAUAGUCGCACCGUUUUCGCAUCCAUUAAUUUCCGGUUCAGCCUACUUGGAACACUGAACACUGCCAGGUGGCCGCAAAAUCUAGCGCAUUAAUGGGAACCAAGACGAGGACCACAGUGUGCAGCCACCGUGAAAUGGAAGGGUAAUGUCCUGCCGAACGUCUUAGGCUGCGACCAUGUAGCUUGUUCUUCUUCUUUACGCUCCGACGUUAGAAGGUGAUAAAUAAUCAGUGGAAUCCCAUUUGAACGACUCAUCUGACAGCGGCUUCAUGGGGACUAUCACCACACGUAUCUUUGUCCGCCGGCAAUACCCGUUUUACUGGAAGCCAUUACUCGUCCUGGCCGUGUUGACGGUGCUGGCCAUCUUCGUGUUCCUGCAGUACAGCCCUGUCAGAGUCACUUCAGCCCAUCACAUGCGGGACGAACCGGGACCCGCUGUCGCCCCCAUUGGCAUGGUGGGGCAGCCCGAGCGGGUCUCCGAGGAACGAAGACCCGUCGCGGGAAGCGUCUACGACGCCGCCUCUCGUAAGCGGGUCUACAUUCCGGAACAACGCUACGUCCACCUGGACCUGAAGGGGGCACCACCGAAGGUGUCUUACAUGAAGCAAGUCUUUCCGCUUCUCCACGAAGCCGGAGCCAACGGACUCUUACUCGAAUACGAAGACAUGUUCCCCUACGAGGGAACCUUAGCUCCCGUACGUGCAAAGAACGCGUAUACCAAAGAAGAGCUGGCGGAGAUCCUCGAGGCGGCCCGCCAGAACGAGUUGGAGGUCAUUCCGCUCGUGCAGACUUUUGGCCACAUGGAGUUUGUAUUAAAGUUGCCCGAGUUCCGUCACAAUCGUGAGACGGACGAGCAUCCGACAGCGCUGUGUCCGUCGCGGAACGAUAGUUUCACGCUGGUGACUGCCAUGGUUGACCAGGUGCUGUCCCUGCAUCCGCACGUUCGUUGGUUGCACAUUGGUUGCGACGAAGUGUUCCAUCUCGGCUACUGUUCCCGCUGUCAGCAGCGCGACAGGGAAGAGCUGUUCCUCAGCCACGUGACGCGCGUCGCGCGUUACGUGCGGGAGAAGCACAACCGCAUCCCCAUCAUCUGGGACGACAUGCUUCGGCAGAUUAGCACGGACAAACUGCGGCAGUACUCUGUGGGCACGCUCGUGGAGCCCAUGGUGUGGACGUACGUCAAAGACGUUUACCGAUUCGUGAGCUACAGCAACUGGGCCACGUACGGCGAGAUAUUUGACUCUGUCUGGGCGGCGUCUGCUUUCAAAGGGGCCUUUGGGGAAACGCUGACGGUUCCCAAUGCAAAGAUGCACCUCGAAAAUAACGAAGGCUGGCUCGAGGUCAUGUCCGAACAGCACGGGAAGUUCAAAAACUUCCGCGGCAUCGUGGUGACGGGGUGGCAGCGUUACGACCACUUCGCGUCGCUCUGCGAGCUCUUUCCGUCGGGACUGCCGUCGCUCAUACUUGACUUACUGGUACUCACAAACGGAGCAUACACCAAUGCUCUCCCUACUCGUUUCCACAGCAUGCUCAAGUGCACCCAUUCUCGGACUCAGAUGGAUCUCGAGGGUGAUCCGUUCCUCUGGCAGAAAGGUUACGGCUGCUUUUUCCCGGGCUCGGCCGUGUUCCGGAUGACACAGACUCACAGCGAAGCGAUCAAAAAGGCCAGAGACUACCUCAUGGACGUCACGGUGAGCAAGGCAUGGCUCACGGACUACAAUAUCCGCCGCAACAUGAGCCUUCCGAGCCGAGUCGACCAGGGCCUGGAAGAGUUCUCGUCGACGAUGUUCGCCCUGACGUCGCUCGUUCACCAAGCCAGGGACGUUCUCCGCGAAGUGUUCGACGAGUACACGGUCGCCGAGUGGAUCGAGCAAAAUAUCUACCCGUCGAUUCUUCGUCUGGACAAGCUGCAGAACGACGCUCUGGCCCUAAAGAAGCCGCGGACGUGGCCGGUUCGGCCGUUGGAACCGCUGCCCGAUCUCAAACGCUUCAAUGUGGGGAGUCUAGGGAACUAAAGGACAGAAAGUGCUUCUUCUUUUCCUGUUUUUUUUUUUUUUUCUUUUUGUGACCCAAUGUUCUACAUUGGCGUUGGUUUUAGGGGGGGGGGAGGGGGGCUACACCGCCCCCUUUUGUUCGUCCGGUCGGUGCGGACGUCUUUGCUGCGAGACUGUUUUUUCAUAGGAGAUGGCUGUUUUUUAGUCUUGUGCUUACUACCCCCCAUUUCUCCCGUUCACGGCUGUUUUCAUGUCACAGACUCUGUAGCAUUUUCGAAAAGGUACUUAUUUGUCCAGAUGUGUCAAUAAAAUCUUGUUUUUAGAUCA